UAUAGGUUUUAGAUGCCUUAGGUAGUGAAAUAAGCCAGUUUACUCUUAAAACAAGCCAACGCCGGAGAUGACGAUGACACCGAUGAUGGCGCCGAUGGGGAACGCAAACUUUGACGGCGGUGCACCGGCCUUACCGCCGCAACCUGGGACUGACAUGACGGGUAUAUGCUUCAGGGACCAGUUAUGGCUGAAUACGUAUCCACUGGACCGAAACCUAGUAUUUGACUAUUUUGCUCUCUCUCCAUUCUACGACUGGACUUGCAACAACGAGCAACUACGAUCACGAUCCAUUCAUCCACUCGAUAUUUCUCAUCUCUCGAAAAUGACAGGCAGUGAAUAUAUGCUGAGUGAAGUUAUGGAGCCUCAUCUCUUUGUCAUCCGUAAGCAAAAGAGGGAUGGCCCCGAGAAGGUCACACCGAUGUUGGCUUAUUACAUCUUGGAUGGUUCAAUAUACCAAGCUCCACAGCUCUGCAAUGUGUUUGCAGGUCGACUGGGACGUGCUUUAUAUCAUAUAUCAAAAGCUUUCAGUUUUGCAUCUUCGAAGUUGGAAAAGACUGGAUAUGUGGCUUCUGAAAAUGAGAGCGCAGCAUCUGAAUCUAAGGCUGCUAAGGAGACCAUUGACUUCAAGGAACUUAAGCGAGUCGAUCAUAUUUUUGCUUCCCAACAACGCAAGCUACCACCAGUACCUCCGCCGCCACCUUUUCCUGAAGGUUAUGUACCGCCUUCCACAGCAGAAGCCUCUGAAAACCAGCAAGAAGAAACCCAGUUGCCUCCAGUUGAUCCCAUUAUCGAUCAAGGCCCGUCAAAGAGAAUGAAAGUAUGAAAGAACGAAUGUCUAAGCACUUGGUAGCUGAAAAAAGUUUACGAUUACUGGGAUGGUCCAGAGUGAUCCUUUCAGAAGAUUUCUGUAAAUUAUGUAGCGUAAAAUCUUUAUGUUAGGGAUAAUAUAUAUCACCUGUAUGGCGAUAAAAUGUUGAAACAUAAGUUCAGGAAAAAUUGAUAAAAUAGCCAAUUCUAAUAUGUGGUAUCAAUAUUAGUUUAUCAACAUCUAAAAAAUGUAUCAAUGCUUUAUUGCUGUUGUUGCUAUUA